CACGCACACACGUGCGCCCGCCUCCUAAACGCAGGCUCCGGCUUGACUUCUUAAAACGCAAGCUCCGCUCCGAUCGGCAGGCGCGCAGACCGUCUCCGGCUCUGCAAGCAUCCAGACAAGUCGCCCGCAGAUUCCUCUGCGAUCGGAAGAUCGGCUCGUCGAUUUCCACCCCCCCCAACUUCUCCCAAGUUACUUCGCCCCCCAAAAGCGAGCUCGCUCUGCAGAAGGAAGUGGCCAGGCGCCCAGGUGGCUCCGCUGAGCCGUGGCUCAAAGUGGUCAGAGGGCGAUGUUGGAGGCUUGAAAAAACACCAGCAAACACCAGCAAAGCCCAUCAAGGAAGCGGGCAGGUGUUGGGUUGUCCUCUUGGGGGAAGAAAUGGCCGUAGAGAACUGCUCCGGAGCCUCCUUCCCUAUGAAUUCUUCUGACUUCCCCGCCAGGAACAGAUCAAUGGUGGAAAGGCCGACUCCCUACACCAAUGUGAUCAUGCCGAGUUUGUUCGGCAUCAUUUGCUUCCUCGGCAUCGUCGGGAACCUCAUUGUGAUCUACACCAUUAUCAAGAAGAAGAAGCUGAGGUGCAAACAGACAGUGCCCGACAUCUUCAUCUUCAACCUCUCCAUUGUGGACCUGCUUUUCCUGCUGGGCAUGCCUUUCCUCAUCCACCAACUCCUUGGCAACGGGGCCUGGUAUUUUGGAGCUCCUUUAUGCACCAUCAUCACUGCUCUGGACACCAACAGCCAGAUCACCAGCACCAAUAUCCUGACAGUCAUGACCUUGGACCGUUACCUGGCCACCGUCUAUCCUCUGAAGUCCACUUACGUCCGGACGCCAUGUGUGGCAGCCUUAGUGAUUGGCCUGGUGUGGCUCCUCUCUCUCCUGACUAUCAUCCCAGUGUGGAUGUACGCGGGGCUGAUGCCUUUGGAGGAUGGGAGUGCCCGCUGUGCCCUUUUGCUUCCCAACCCGGAGACUGAUAUUUACUGGUUCACCAUCUACCAGUUCAUGCUGGCUUUUGCCAUCCCACUGUUCAUCAUCUGCGUGGUCUACUUUAAGAUCCUCCAGCAUAUGGCUACCACUGUGGUGCCCUUGCCCCAGAGGAGCCUCCGGGUACGUACCAAGAAGGUCACCCGAAUGGCAGUUGCCAUCUGCUCUGCCUUCUUCAUUUGCUGGGCGCCCUUCUACAUCCUUCAGCUGGUGCAUCUCGGCAUAGACACCCCUUCCGUGGCCUUCUUCUAUGCCUACAACUUUGCCAUCAGCUUGGGCUAUGCCAACAGUUGCCUCAAUCCCUUCCUCUACAUUGCCCUGAGCGAGACCUUCAAGCGCCAAUUCAUGGUGGCCAUUCGUCCGGCCAAGGAGCAGUUCCGGGUCAACAACAACAACAACAGCACAACAGAAGCCAGCGUGUGCCUGAAGCUUGCCCCAGAAUCCACCCAGCAGACUCAGUUUCUGGAGGACUUUUCUCCGCACUCCUUGCCUGUGACGGUUGCCGUUCACUGAGGACUCCGUUAGUCCUGCAGCUACGAGACUACGAAAAGCUUUUCCUUCACAAUGCUGCAAGGGAUGGUGGGCAGGUGGACUGAUUGGGGCCGGUACUGUCAUUAGGCAAGCUGAGGAGGUGAUGGAGGCUUUCCGUGUAGGUGACUUUCCUCUGAUACUUGGUGAGAGAUUGCCAGUAACUGCAAAGAAUGCAAAAGCAACCACCCCAGUUUGCAAGAAACCUAGGGAUGAAUCAGAAGAAGGCAUGAUGAUGAAGCCAAAAUGAUCAGUUGAACAGCAAAUGGACAAGGGCAUGCAAAUAGUAUGAAAGCACAACAACUUCCUGCCUUCAAUGGAGCUGAGUAACUUCUGUCUAACGCAGGAUAACCAGCAUAAAAAAAUACACUGGCCAUAACCAAUUAUUAAGCAAAGAGUAAAGCAAGUGGAGAUUCAUUUUCUGUGUCCAUGGCAGUAUGAACCACAAACAAAUAAUGUCCCAUCUCCUGCAUUGUAACACCUCAUACAAUGCCUAUUGUCUGGAGAAGUGCCAAGAAAGACUUGGGUGAACAUAAGGAAGGAUCACAGCUUGCCCAAGGAUGGAGUAAGGAAAGGCAUUAAGGGCCUGUCAGUAAUUCCUGGUGUCACUCACUGAAGCAGGCGAAUGGCAGUAGGCUUCAACUUCAGAGUCUUCUUAGGAGUCAUUCAGUCAUGUGACCACUGGAGGCUGCUCCUGAAUCUCAACAGUGGUGGGGAUGCAGUUAUGGGGAAAUCUCAGCCUCUUGGUUUCUCCCUUUGACACAGCUGCUGCAGAGCUUCUGACCACAAAAAGUGGAGCAAUCCUGCUCUUUGCUGCAUAUACUAAUAAAGGAGUGUUGCCACUUCUGUGUAGAAGGGAUGAAUAACUUGCCAGGAUUAGGGCUGUUGUACCUUGAACAGUCAAAAGAUACAAGACCCCAAAUGCUUCAACAGAUGCCAUUUGUUUUGUCACAGUCCUGAACGACUUUGAAGAAUUGUUCCUGGCAAAAUUCCCUCAUUGUCUUUGUAACUAUUAUGCUGUCGCUACAUCGUCCCAACCCAAACCAUCACCUAUGGUUCUGUGAUGAGUAGAAAGACGAUGAAACUCAGCUAAGCUCGUUUUCUUUCCUUUGCAAAGGUUUAACAGCUUCUUGAAGUCAAAUGGGGUCUACUGAAUAAAAAUAACAACAAAUCCUCAGCAUUUGGUGUGCAUAAAAGUGCUUACAGAGAAAGGGGUCUUUUGGGGAGGUGGACUCAUAAAGAAUGAUUGCAUGCAUCUGACCAACAUUGCCAGUUUUUCAACCAGCAUCUGGAGCUGUGUGUUUUGAAAGAGCUUGAGAUUGUUCAGAAAUUGGCAGGUGAAGUUUUUCACAGUGUGGAGGAGCUCAUUUUAUAAGGUGCUAGUGGCUGCAGGUCAAGUAGCCAGUACAGAAACAGCAGCCGGUUGGGAAAAGUGGCAUUCCAAUGCUCCCCAUCAUUCAUCAGUUUAUUCCCUUUCAAUUAAAUCGUGCAGUCAGCAGUGAAGAAAAAGCUACUGCUUGCUAGCAACUUCAAAGAGGGUUUUGGGAACUAUUUAAUUGCCUUUUCUCGACUUUUCUCAAACCUCAGGUGGCUAAAUGCAGCUCUGAUAAGUCGCAUCACACUGAACCAGACAGUUUAUCGUUAAGGCUCAAUCCAGGACUCAUUAGCAGCUCUGGCAAAGCUUGUAUGGAGCCAGUGUGGUGUAGUGGUUAAGAGCGGUAGUCUUGUACUCUGGGGAACCGGGUUCGAUUCCCCGCUCCUCCACAUGCAGCUGCU